AUGCCUGCUAGGGUUCUCGUCAAGAUCCUUGUCGGUGGAGCGGGUGUGGUCGCUGGAUACAGCCGCCAUGAGCACGCCGUGGUUCACAACGGUAUCUUCCGCGAGCAUCGGUGGCAGGGGGGUAGUCAACUUCGGCCUGGUACCACAAGAGACCAUGUCUAUGCCCGACUUCAGGGGCUUGACUUUAUCACGGCAGAGACAGCAGCGGCACUAGAGGUAGUCAACAAGGCUUACAAGGACUACUCGUGGUCAGGCAGUGUUGCAUGCUCGUACCAGAGCGGCCUGGAGAUAGUUCCUCUGACCGAGCUGAGAGCUACGCUGGAGCGCGAGACCUGUUGCGAGUCCGAAUUGCUGAAAAUGGAUGACUGGGCGACCUGA